UUGACGAGGGUCUCGUCUUAUCAGAGCAGCAUUUGGCGUGGGGCGGUAGUGAGCGUGUUGUUUGUGCGACUGGGCCUUAGGGGGCUUUCAUGUUACCAUGCCGUUAUCGUCUGAAACCGAACAUAAAGGUUUUCGUUGUGUGCUUCGUGUCUUUAAUAUAAUAGAAGCUCCUCUCGUGAAACAUAAAAUCAUAAUUUUAAAAUCACGUCUAAUUGAUAUAGGCCUACAUGCAAUGAUAUGUAAUAGAAGAUUGUAAUGUACUUUUAGACAACACCUAAGUUUGAUGAACCAUAAAUGUCACAAUGAAGGCAGUUCUUGAUUUAUUAUGUGAGCAGUAUUAUUAUCAAAUGCUCAGAUAUUUAAGUAAUAACGUAUUAAAGGUAGAAGUAUUUGUAGUGGCUGAUAUCCCUUAUCGCAAUAAAUAUAAAACUGCCGACGGUUCUUCGAUAUGGCCUACGUGUCAUUUUCAUCAUUGACGGAGAAAGGUUUUUUUUUUUUCAACAAUACUGUGAUUUGAAGGAGUUUCUGUGAAAACCAUCAUGAUGUUGAUGUCAUUCUUGGAGAAACAUUUCAACAAGCAACGAACAAAUUCUACCAAGAAAGGUAGAAGUCGUGGCGGAUCGAUCAGGACUGAACCAGAGCGCGGGGAUGAAGUUCCGUCCGAGGGCAUAAAUCACCUCUGCAGGGAGAUGGAAACACGGACGGAAGACCAAGAUGAUUACGAUAUCGUUUCAGCCCAGAAGUCGCAGCGGGAUGCCGAGUUGAUUUGGACGCUGAUGUUCGUAGCCCUGAGCGUCGUUUGCAGUUGGCUGUUGGGCACCGCCGGGUUGUCCUUGGCUUGGCUGCUAUUCCUGUUGGCUCUGGUCGUUGCUGUCUGGAAAUCCAGUCUUGUAAAACUGGUAGAGGCUGCCGUAAAGUACGAGACACUUCGGGUUAGGCGGAAGCGUGUCCAUAAUCAGGACGAGACAGCUGAAUGGUUCAACUUCCUCUUCAACCGAUGGUGGGUUUUCAGCUCUCCGAGUCUGUUUAUAAUUUUGAAGGAACAUUUAGAGCCCAUCCUGAAUGAAGCCAAACCUUCGUUUGUGGAGAGCCUUGAAUUGAGACAGUUCACCCUGGGUGAGCAGACACCAUAUGUGAAAGCUGUACGGGUGUUCGAUGUGCAUCAGGGCAAACGCAUUCCACUAUCAGCACGAAGUCUCCAGCAGCCUCCAGGUGGCCUAGCACAGAGUGUGCAUCAUCAGGUGGCACUAGAAGCAGACAUUUGUCUUGACAGUGAUGAUUUCCGUAUGGUUAUAAGGACAAGACUUUUUGGCAAAGGUGUUGGGAUGGAUCUGGAUCUUGCCAUGGAAAAGCUGAACGUCACAGGAAAGAUUUAUGCAACAUUGACAUUGAAUAUGGAAGCACCAUUUCCACACAUUACUCAUCUAAACCUGACGUUUAUAGAGAAGCCAGAAGUGUGGUUCAGUGUUCGUGUGCUGAAGUCUGUCCAAAUGAUGGAAGUUCCAGUUCUUAAAACAUGGAUACAUUCUCUGGUAAUGGACGCGUUAGUGACGGCAUUAGUAGAUCCUGGCAAGCUGGAUGUGAACUUGACUUCUCAUGACAGACCAACUCCAGGUCAAGAAAUAGGAGAUACAGUUGCACAGGGAGUCCUCACAGUCACUCUGUCGGCAAUGCAACCAGGUCAUAUGCCAGAAGAUGUCCGAUGGCUAGUUCUGACUCUUGGUGAGCAACGCCAAAAAACUUCACAGCUUUCUCCACGAUGGCAAGAAAGUCCUUCCUUUUUAAUAAAUUCUCUUCAAACAGAUAGAUUAGUCGUGAAACUCAAAAGUAAACGACUUGUCAGUUCCAUAACAUUGGCACAGUUUGAGCUUCCGUUGUCAAAUUACAACUUGGAUAGUGUACAUAUAGUGGAAACAGUUUUGCACAAGAAACAGGCACGUUCGGGUUCCAGCAACUUCCCUAAUAUUUCUGUGAGAUUAGAAUAUACAGCUCUCUCCCCUAUACAGUUAGAUCAACCAGAGAUGCCAUGGCCUAUUCCCCAAGCAGGACGAGGAGGUUCAUCACCAGUUUCAGGUGUAAUAUUUGUGUUUAUUCACGGAGCAGAGGGUCUUACAAUUGGCGACCAGAGUGAGUGCAAUCCGUACUGUAUGCUGUUCAACAGUCGCAAGAAGGUAAAAACAACCCAUUAUCUGCGUGGCACAGCAAAUCCUCAGUGGGAAUCACGAACUCAGUUCCUCGUGAGUGAUUUUACGCAAGUCUCAUUAUCAUUUGUUGUCUGUUCUUGGAGCCCAAACAAAAUGGCUGAUACAGACCUACUAGGACUUGCAAUCUUUACCAUGAAUCAGAAUGAGACUUGGCAAGUUCAUCAUCAACUGCAGCUGAGUGGGAACACAAGUCCUGCAUUUAUCACAGUGUCUGUUGUAUUCCACCCUGUUCCAUCAGUUGCUCAGUCAGAGUUAUGUUUCCAUGACAGUGUUGCUCCUCUGGGUGCAGAUGAUGAUGAUCUCCUCAGCUAUAACCAUGGGAAAAGGAACAGCAUCACAUGGAUGCAGCAAGCGAAAAUGUUAUUAACCCACCGGGACCAAGAUACAAGUGCAUCUGACAUUAGCAAUCUUCUCUCUAAUGGCAUGGGUUUAAUGGAGGUUAGCAUCAUUAGGGCCCAUGAUCUGGUUUCAAAGGAUCUCAAUGGCUUCAGUGACCCAUAUUGUGAGUUGAAGGUCAAUGGAGAAUGUAAAUACAAAUCAAGCAUUAAAAAGAAAACUCUUAAUCCUAUCUGGGAAGAGAAUUCCAUCAUGGGGUUGCCAAGAGCAGGGGAGACACUGGAGGUGGUAUUGUGGGAUUAUGAUACGUUUGGUAUGAAAGAUUUCUUGGGUAAUGUUACGUUGACUUUGGAAGAUAUCCGCAAAGCCUCAAAUUCGGAUACUUCUCAGAGUUAUCAGUUACAAGGUGUAAAGACAGGAGCUGUGGAAAUCAAGGUGAAGGUUAUAUCAGAGGAGACUGAGUCGCAGUGCUAUCAGCCAAGUAUCAACAGCAGCACCAGUUCUCCUCGACUGCCUAAUCGACAUGAACCUGAUGGUUUAUCGAGACUUCCGUCUGGAGAGAGAUCCAAACUGCGACUGCAUAUUGAAAAUUUACCUCCUCCAGCCCCUCCACGCACUGUCACCUUGGGAUACAAACCACAUCCACCAGAAGGAGAUUUAUUACGUGAACCUCUGGGCAAUAGUAUAAGUAAUGGGAACAUUAGUCCUACACAGUCCAGCUCUAGUUCUCUCCAUUCAGUUCCACGUGUGACAGUGACAGACCUUCACAAUCCCCCACAUCUUGCAGUCGCAGUUCCGGAAUUGCCAAAUAUGAGUGCUGGUGGCGGCGGUCAGCGUUCUCCUCGUGCUUCACUCACACCCAGCCCAGAUAGUCAAUUUAAGAAGAAUGUUCCAGAAUGCAGCAGCUUCAGAAACAUGAAACUGAAGAUGAAAAGGGGGUUGAAAUUACGCCGUUUUAAAUCUGAAGUCAGUGUCCAUGAGGAAAAGAGCGGGGUAACCAAUGGAAAACCAAGUACAACCACAACACUUAGUAUUGAACCGAGUGGAGGUGGAGAAUCAGAUGCAACUGAACUUCUGCAGAUGGAGGGACUCUCUCAUGCUGUCUCUCAGCCAAAUAUACCGCACAUCAAACAGCCCUCUCCGCGUCUUAAAAAUAAGAGACCAACAGAUCUUAAAGUUUCUGCCCCUGUUCGACCUGACAUAUAUUUUGGAGUUGAGGGAAAGGUGAUUCAAGCACAAGGACUUCAUGUGGCGCAUGUGGCACAGCUGUAUUGUCGUAUAAAAUUACAAAGUGCUACAAGUCCAAACAAACUCACACGAGUGGGCAGCAAUGCAGCUGGCAAAACUCUUGCAAAAUCUCGUCUAAUUCCAGCCAUGCCAAACCCUCAGUUUGAUCUCGGCUUUCAGCUUGAUAACCCUGAAAAUGUUCCACGUCAGGCAGCUUUGGUGUUUGAGAUUCGCAGUUCUGGCAAGGAACUGGUAGCAGCACGCAGGAUCACUCUUCAGGAUAUGCUUUCUGCUGCUUCUCCAGACACAAAUGAAGUUCACACUUGGCUGGCUCUUAAUAAUGGUGCGUCACUAGAAGUAGAGAUUUCUCACAGCAGGGAACUUAAAAAACAAUCAAGAAAAAUAUUUCGGAGUUGGUCUGUCCAUCGCAUUGGUAAGAUUUAACAGAGGCUCCAUUGCAAGCUUUAUUGCCUACUUAAAUCUGUACAAUGGAUGAUAAUUUUGUGGUAAAUAUAUAGGUACGUCAAAAAGUAUCUGCAUUGUAAUUAUUAAAAUUAAAGAAGAACAGAAAUACAGAA